GGGAUAAUUUCCGUCAUCUUCUUCCACAUCACAACUCUGCAUCUAUCACAUGUUUUGGAUUGCUGGACAGUCUCCCCGAGUUACUGUUCACUGCCGAUCUUAAACCCUUGCUUUCAUCUUGAAUUUGUUGAAUUUUUGGACCGAUUCUUAGAGCUCUAGAAUCGUUUUGGGCAUGGCAAUCCAUUCUUCAGCUCAAUUUGACAUUUUCGGCGCUGGAUUGAGCAAGAAUCGCAGGUCAACCUUCUCGAGUUACUGUUCAUAUGCGACUCUUGAAGGUUCAAUUCACCUCGGUCCAAGCUCGUUAGAAGGCCACUUUUUGGGGGAUUAUGGGCGACUUGGGAUGCUCUUUAAACACCUGAAAUUGGUUUUCCAAACCAGUUGAAGGAAGCUGCGAAUUGAGCAAAAAUUUUGGACUCGGAGUCACUGUUCAUAGCGAGUUCUUCAAGUCCAGGUUUACCCAUGCUUUUUGCUCGUUUUCAAUCCCAUUUUCUGGUAUUGUGUUCGUGAUUCAAGGGCCAUUCAACGUCUGGUGUUGGAAUCCUAAUUCAAACAACUUGAUUUUGGUCUCUUUGAUUUGGUUGCUCGAGUUAGUGUUCACGUUCUAGUGUACCUGUGCGGUUUUGCUAGUGGUCUAGCCUUUAUUGCCUGGGCUGGUGUUUGGUUGGCUGUUUGAGGGUAAUACUAAUCAAAUGGGGACUGUAAUGGAGCUACAAACUGAUCGUGCAUCAUGAAUUUGCUUUGUGACCAUGUUCUUCAUUUCUUUGCUUGCACGACUUCGUCUUGGACUGCCCAGUUUCUGUGGUUUGUUCAUGAAGCUGUAAUGGUAUUGUUAAGAGGAAUAGGACACAACCAGGUACGUGGAAUGGUUUUCUGUGGCAUGAACCAGCUGGUCAGUGGUGUUUAGGCCCUGAUUUUCUGUUCUCUAGGGCUGGGCAGUGGCAUCACUGGGGUUGGCUAGACUACUUCAUUGGAGAGCCACCCAAAGCUGCUGUUGGCAAAUCAUGAUCUCCAGUGCUGCCAUUUUCGAAUAGCAUACUCCAUUGUGAUGUUUGUUUGCUGAACUCAGUCUUCUUGAGGGAUGGGAUGGCACACAUACUUCUUGAGGUUCUUUUGGUUUUUGGUGGUUUCAUCUUGGUCAGUUGUACCUUGGGAAGUAUGGGGCUGGAAAUGCUGCUGCCAUGGACUGUUGAAGUUGAGUUUGAAAUCACCUGCUCUUUCCCACUAGAUGCUACUGUGGUGUUGCUGUUUUUGGGGUGGUGGAGUGGAUUAAACUGUGGUUUUGGGCUGUGCAUUGCUGCUGGAACUGCUGCCUGGCUUGGUCAAGGAUUCAUGUAUGAAGAGUGAUGAAUCUGCUAUGGAUGGUAAUGGUGAUGCUGCCAUGCCAAAGCCAGGACGCCAAGCAACCAGCAGUGCGAAAGACUAAGAGGGGUGAUGAUUUUGUUCCCUCUUCCACAAAGGCAAAUGGUCAAGCUUAAGUCAUUGGGGA